AUGGUUUGGGGAGCUUCGGCGGAUUGCUUGCGCACAUCAGGCAUCGCGCUUGUGUACUCUGCGGCGGAGUACUGUGCUCCGGUGUGGCUUGGUAGUGCACAUACCAACAAAGUUGAUGUCAAGCUGCACGAGACCAUGCGCUGCAUCUCCGGCACUGUCAAAUCCACUCCGGUUCACUGGCUGCCAGUUUUAAGCCACGUAGCCCCGCCUCACCUCCGACGCACGCAGGCUUUGAAGAGAGAAGUGGACAAAAUAAAUAAAAACCCAAACUUACCCGUCCACAGAGAAUUCUGCCACCCCCCUCCACAGCGUUUGGCUUCUCGAAACCCACCCUAUGCUAAAGCGCCAAGCCUAAGCAACUUCAAUAUCUCCGACAGGUGGAAAGCUGAAUGGUCUAGUGCUACGGCAGAAAAAGGCAACCUCUAUCCUUCAGAUCCGACGAGAAAACCAAGAGGAUUUCAUCUUCCGCGUAACACCUGGUGUCGCCUGAAUAGAUUGAGAACUGGGCAUGGCCGCUGCAAUUACUGGCAACAUAAGUGGGGCUGGAAGGACUCUCCCCUCUGCGAGUGUGGCGAGGAAGAGCAAACCACUGACCACAUAUUCCGGCGCUGCCCCCUCCACUCUUAUCCUGGCCCAGCUGAGGAUCUAAAUGCCCUGACACCCGAUGCAGUUUCCUGGCUUAAUGAUCUCAAAGCUGUACUCUGA